UUGUUUCUUUCUAUUCUUUCUUUAUUCCUCCUUUCUUUCUUUCUUUCUUUCUUUCUUUCUUUCUUUCUUUUUUCUUUCUUUCUUUCUUUCUUUCUUUCUUCACGUUCUAUGUUUUUUCUUCUUCCUUUAAGUGCCCUCUUUCUUUCUUUAACCCCUUUCAUUUUUCUCUACAUACUUCUUUUUUCUUUCUUUCUUUCUUUCUUUCUUUCUUUCUUUCUUUCUUUCUUUCUUUCUUUCUUUCUUUAUUCAUUCAUUCAUUCAUUCUUUCUUUUUUUUUCUUUCUUUCUUUAUUCAUUCAUUCUUUCUUUCUUUUUUCUUUCUUUCUUUAUUCGUUCAUUCUUUCUUUCCUUUUUUUUUUCUUUCUUUCUUUCUUUCUUUCUUUCUUUCUUCACGUUCUAUGUUUUUUCUUCUUUCUUUAUUUUGUAUCUUUCUUUCUUUACUAACCCCUUUUUUUUUUUACAUACUUCUUCUUUUUUCUUUCUUUUUUUCUUUUUUUUUUUCUUUUUUCAUUCUUUUCAUUCUUUAUUCAUUCAUUCAUUUUCUUUCUUUUUUUUUUUCUUUUUUUUUAUUUCAUUCAUUCUUUCUUUUUUUUUUCUUUCUUUAUUCGUUCAUUCUUUCUUUCUUUUUUUCUUUCUUUCUUUCUUUCUUUCUUUCUUUUCUUUCUUCACGUUUUAUGUUUUUUCUUCUUCCUUUAUUCGUUCAUUCUCUUUCUUUCUUUUUUCCUUUCAUUUUUCUUACAUACUUCUUCUUUUCUUUCUUUCUUUCUUUCUUUCUUUCUUUCUUUCUUCAUUCAUUCAUUCAUUCAUUCUUUUCUUUUUUCUUUCUUUCUUUUUCAUUCAUUCUCUUUCUUUCUUUUUUCUUUCUUUCUUUUUCGGAAAAUUUUCUUUUUUUUUUAUUCUUUCAUUCUUUCCUUUCUUUCUUUCUUUCUUUUUUCUUCUUCCUUUCUUUUUCUUUCUUUCUUUCUUUCUUUUUUCACACAAAAUGCCCUCUUUGUUUGUUUGUUUCUUUCUUUCUUUUCUGCACGUUAUUUUUUCCCUUCUUUCUUUCUUUCUUUCUUUCUUUUUUUCUUUCUUUCUUUCUUCAUCCUUUCAUUUUCCCCUCUUUCUUUCUUUCUUUCUUUCUUUCCGUUUCCAGUUUUUUUCUCUUCUCCCUAUUGAUAAACUUCUUCAGUUAAACAAUAGAAUGUUUUGA